AAAAAAAAAAAAAUGGCGGAAGAGCACCGGUGCCAGGCUCCGCGCCUCUGCGCCAACAACUGCGGCUUCUUCGGGAGCCCCGCCACGCAGGAUCUCUGCUCCAAGUGCUACCGCGACUUGCAGCUCAAGGAGCAGCAGUCCUCCAACGCCAAGCUCGCUUUCACCCAGACCCUCACCUCCUCCUCCUCCUCCGCCGCCGCCGCCGCCUCGAUCCUCGACCCUUCCUUCGCGUCGGCUCCGUCCCAGGCCGCGGCCGUCGACUGCAAGGCCGCCCCCCCUGUGGCCUUCGAGGCGAAGCCCCAGGAGGAGGAGGAGGAGGAGGAGGCCGUGGCGGCGGCGCCGCCGGCGGUGUCGAACCGGUGCUCGACGUGCAGGAGGCGCGUGGGGCUCACGGGGUUCAAGUGCAGGUGCGGGAUGACCUUCUGCGGGUCGCACCGGUACCCGGAGCAGCACGAUUGCGGGUUCGACUACAAAGGCUUGGGGAGAGAACAGAUCUCCAAGGCCAACCCGCUCGUGAAGGCCGAGAAGCUGGAUAAGAUAUGAUGCGCAAGCUCUCUUUUAACGAUUAUUGUCCAACUUAAAAACAAAAAAAAAAACUUUUAUUGCAUCUGUGUGAUUUGGAAUUUGGGGAUUCGACGUCGUUGGCGAGAGAACCCGGUGGCCACGGCGGCUGGCGGUAGGGUCAGGCGGUGGAGUCGUCGGCCGGCGGCCGGUGCCCGGUUGGUGGGUUGGGUGGGUGGGUGGGUUGGUCGAGAUGUGUUGGUAAUGGUGGCGCAUGUAAAUUCGAUGAUACUCUAGUUAAUUCCCGUCAUUUCAUCCUUUCCUUUUC